AUGUCGCUGCUUGAAUACAGCGGGCAUCUAUUAUACUUCCUGUCCAGCGUUUCCUCUUCCUUUUUGCUGAACGUGUCAGCCAUGGCGCCGACUAAGAAGCACGUGGUGGUCAAAAAGCCCGGUGGGAAGAGGAAGAAGCAGAUUUUAAAGUUCACGUUGGAUUGCACGCACCCCGUGGAGGAUGGCAUUAUGGACGCUGCCAACUUUGAGCGAUUCCUUCAGGAGCGCAUUAAAGUCAACGGCAAAGCGGGCAGCCUGGGUGGCGGUGUGGUGUCUAUCGAGAGGAGCAAGAGCAAAAUUGCAGUCAGCUCUGAAGUUCCUUUUUCAAAGAGGUACCUCAAGUAUCUGACCAAGAAAUACCUGAAGAAGAACAACCUGCGGGACUGGCUGCGCGUGGUGGCAAACACCAAGGAGAGCUACGAGCUGCGUUACUUCCAGAUCAACCAGGACGAAGAGGAGGAAGAGGAAGAUUAA